AUGUUUACGAACGAUGUGUCGUCGUUCGUUGUUGCCGCUGCGAAAUUCAUUGAUAUGUGUUGUGAUAAAUAUGAUAUGAUGCGCCGGAACGGAAAUCUUCGUACGAGACCAAUCGACAAUCUGAAUACUUCAACUAUCAUGUUGUCAUUCUUUAGUGCUGAGGAAUUGUUCUAUUCUUCUCAGACAGGAAUGUUUUUCUUUCUCAUAUGUUUUGAUCGUGAAUCAUAA